GAACAACAACUACAGCACAAUCAAGUCACACAACAACACAUAAAUCGUCCACUGAUUCAAAAAUAGCCACAGACUCACUCUUCAGUUCACAUCAACCUACCACUAACCCAAAUAUCAGUCCAUUUGAAUCAACCACAGAAACCCGAUCAAGUACUAUUGAAUCAACAACUUCAUCUUUAUCUGAAUCUACCACAGAUGCAUCAUACACUGUUUUUGAUGAUUUAACCAUAACAACACUUGCUAAAACACAAGAAAUAAUCACUGAUUCAUCCUUUAGCCCAUCUGAUUCAAACACCAAUAAACCAUCUGGUCCAUUUGAAUCAACAACUGGUUCAUUUUUCAGUGCAUCAGAGUCAACCACACUCACCUCAUCAAGUUUUAAUAUAUUGACAACAGAGAAUUUGUCUGAUCUAUCUGAAUUAACAACUAAUGCUCUAUUGAGUCCAUCUGAGUCAACCACAGAAACCCGAUCAAGUACUAUUGAAUCAACAACUUCAACUUUAUCUGAAUCUAACUCAGAUGCAUCAUACACUGUUUCUGAUUCAACCAUAACCACACUAGCCAAUACACCAGAAACAAUCGCUGAUUCAUCCUUUAGCCCAUCUGAUUCAAACACCAAUAAACCAGCUAGUCCAAUUGAAUCAACAACUGGUUCAUUUUCCAGUGCAUCAGAGUCAACCACACUCACCCUAUCAAAUUCUUAUAUAUCUGCAACUCUAGAAAUGUCAUCGCCAUUUGAAUCAACCACCAAGACAUCAUCUGCUGAAUCUGAGUCAAUAGCUUAUACCCCAUCAAGUCCAGAUGGAUUAGGUACAGACACCUCAUCAACAUCAUCUGGAACAACACCAUUUGACUUUUCUGGUCCUUCUGAAUCUACCACAGAUGCUUUGCCCAUUGAAUCUCAACCAACCAUCACCACACAAUCAAAUAUACCUGAAUCAACUACAGAUUCAGUGUUAAAUCUAUCUGAAUCCAACACAGAUAAAUUGUCUAGUCCAUUUCAAUCAACAACAAUUGCACUGUCUAUGCCAUCUGACAUAACCACAGAUUCACUCUCAUUGCCACCUCAGUCUACACCAGAAUCAAGCACAGAUGCAUUAACAAGUCCAUCUGAGUCAUACCCACUUGCAACUUCAACCUCAUUUGAACCUACCACAGAGAACUGGCCGAGCACCUCUGAAUCAAGUAUGGAUAUAUCAUCUACUAUAAGUAUAUCGACCACAUACUUAAAUUCCAGUCCAUCUGACUCAACCGUAAAUAUAUCAACAAGUGAAUCUCAAUCUAACACACCAUCAAAUUUACCUGAAUCAAGCACGAUCUCACUUUCAAGUUCACCUGAAUUAAGAACAGAUGCGUCAUCUUCUACAAUCCAAUCAACCACCUACUCAAUGUCAAGUGCAUUAGAAUCAACAACAGAGAAUUUGUCUGAUCUAUCUGAAUUAACAACUAAUGCUCUAUUGAGUCCAUCUGAGUCAACCACAGAAACCCGAUCAAGUACUAUUGAAUCAACAACUUUCACUUUAUCUAAAUCUACCUCAGAUGCAUCAUACACUGUUUCUGAUUCAACCAUAACCACACUAGCCAAUACACCAGAAACAAUCGCUGAUUCAUCCUUUAGCCCAUCUGAUUCAAACACCAAUAAACCAUCUAAUGCAAUUGAAUCAACAACUGGUUCAUUUUCCAGUGCAUCACAGUCAACCACACUCACCCCAUCAAGUUCAGAUGGAUUAGGUACAGACAGCUCAUCAACCUCAUCUGAAACAACACCAUUUGGCUUUUCUGGUCCUUCUGAAUCUACCACAGAUGCAUUGCCCAUUGAAUCUAAACCAACCAUCACCACACAAUCAAAUAUACCUGAAUCAACUACAGAUUCAGCGUUCAAUCCAUCUGAAUCCAACACAGAUAAAUUGUCUAGUCCAUUUCAAUCAACAACAAUUGCACUGUCUAUGCCAUCUGACAUAACCACAGAUUCACUCUCAUUACCACCUCAAUAUACACCAGAAUUAAGCACAGAUGACUUAACAAGUCCAUCUGAGUCAUACCCACUCUCAACUUCAACCUCAUUUGAAUCUACCACAGAGAACUGGCCCAGCACCUCUGAAUCAAGUAUGGAUAUAUCAUCUACUGUAAGUGUAUCAACCACAUACUUACAUUCCAGUCCAUCUGACUCAACCAUAGACAUGUCAACAAGUGAAUCUCAAUCUAACACACCAUCAAAUCUCCCUGAAUCAAGCACAAUCUCACUUUCAAGUUCACCUGAAUCAAGCACAGAUGUGCCAUCUUCUACAAUCCAAUCAACCACCUACUCAAUGUCAAGUUCAUUAGAAUCAACAACAGAGAAUUUGUCUGAUCUAUCUGAAUUAACAACUAAUGCUCUAUUGAGUCCAUCUGAGUCAACCACAGAAACCCGAUCAAGUACUAUUGAAUCAACAACUUUCACUUUAUCUAAAUCUACCUCAGAUGCAUCAUACACUGUUUCUGAUUCAACCAUAACCACACUAGCCAAUACACCAGAAACAAUCGCUGAUUCAUCCUUUAGCCCAUCUGAUUCAAACACCAAUAAACCAUCUAAUGCAAUUGAAUCAACAACUGGUUCAUUUUCCAGUGCAUCACAGUCAACCACACUCACCCCAUCAAGUUCAGAUGGAUUAGGUACAGACAGCUCAUCAACCUCAUCUGAAACAACACCAUUUGGCUUUUCUGGUCCUUCUGAAUCUACCACAGAUGCAUUGCCCAUUGAAUCUAAACCAACCAUCACCACACAAUCAAAUAUACCUGAAUCAACUACAGAUUCAGCGUUCAAUCCAUCUGAAUCCAACACAGAUAAAUUGUCUAGUCCAUUUCAAUCAACAACAAUUGCACUGUCUAUGCCAUCUGACAUAACCACAGAUUCACUCUCAUUGCCACCUCAGUCUACACCAGAAUCAAGCACAGAUGCAUUAACAAGUCCAUCUGAGUCAUACCCACUUGCAACUUCAACCUCAUUUGAACCUACCACAGAGAACUGGCCGAGCACCUCUGAAUCAAGUAUGGAUAUAUCAUCUACUGUAAGUAUAUCAACCACAUACUUACAUUCCAGUCCAUCUGACUCAACCAUAGACAUGUCAACAAGUGAAUCUCAAUCUAACACACCAUCAAAUUUACCUGAAUCAAGCACAAUCUCACUUUCAAGUUCAUCUGAAUCAAGCACAGAUGCGUCAUCUUCUACAAUCCAAUCAACCACCUACUCAAUGUCAACUUCAUUAGAAUCAACAACAGAGAAUUUGUCUGAUCUAUCUGAAUUAACAACUAAUGCUCUAUUGAGUCCAUCUGAGUCAACCACAGAAACCCGAUCAAGUACUAUUGAAUCAACAACUUUCACUUUAUCUAAAUCUACCUCAGAUGCAUCAUACACUGUUUCUGAUUCAACCAUAACCACACUAGCCAAUACACCAGAAACAAUCGCUGAUUCAUCCUUUAGCCCAUCUGAUUCAAACACCAAUAAACCAUCUAAUGCAAUUGAAUCAACAACUGGUUCAUUUUCCAGUGCAUCACAGUCAACCACACUCACCCCAUCAAGUUCAGAUGGAUUAGGUACAGACAGCUCAUCAACCUCAUCUGAAACAACACCAUUUGGCUUUUCUGGUCCUUCUGAAUCUACCACAGAUGCAUUGCCCAUUGAGUACAGAAGCCAAUCCAUCUCACCCAUUUACAAUCAAUCUGUGCCAGAUGGAUUAUGUUAUCCAGACAACCUCAUCAACCUCAUCUGGAACAACACCAUUUGGCUUUUCUGGUCCUUCUGA